GUCUGGAUCCACGAGCACGGCCGCGGAGCGACGCGCACGGAUCCACUCGGACCGGUUCUUCUUCUUCUUCUUCAGCUGGAGACGCAACGCGCACGGAACACGCGCACGCCGGGAUCUUUUGCUUCUUCUUCUUCUUCUUCUUCGUUCCUCCACUUGUUUGGAUUCUCUUUCCCUCAGCGCGUCUCCAUCCUGGCCCGCGGACCUCGGGAUUUUAACCUCCAGUGAAACCAGCGGCACCACCCGGGAGUGAGGAGGGUAAUGGCGCAACGGUACGAAGACUUGCCCCACUACGCCAUGGACGGGGUGGGCAUCCCGACCACCAUGUACGGGGACCCGCACGGAGCCCGGUCCAUGCAGGCGGUGCACCUGAACCACGGACCCCAGCUGCACGCACACCAGUACCCGCACGGCACGCACGGGAACUCCAUGGCCCCCCCCAUGGGCUCCUCGGUUAACGACGCGCUCAAGAGAGAUAAAGACGCGAUCUACGGGCACCCCCUGUUCCCCUUGCUUGCACUGAUUUUUGAGAAAUGUGAAUUAGCGACGUGCACCCCCAGAGAGCCCGGGGUGGCGGGAGGAGACGUGUGCUCCUCGGAGUCCUUCAAUGAAGACAUAGCAGUGUUUGCAAAACAGAUCCGGGCAGAAAAACCUUUAUUCUCAUCAAAUCCAGAACUGGAUAAUCUGAUGAUCCAAGCCAUCCAAGUUUUACGAUUUCAUCUUCUGGAGCUGGAGAAGGUCCACGAGUUGUGUGAUAACUUCUGCCACCGCUACAUCAGCUGCUUGAAAGGGAAGAUGCCCAUCGACCUGGUCAUCGACGACCGGGAGGGGGGGUCCAAGUCCGACAACGAGGAAAUCACAAGAUCAUCGGUGGCCCUGGACCAGACGUCCUGGAACCGGGACCACGACGACACGGCGUCCACGCGCUCCGGGGGGACGCCGGGCCCGUCCAGCGGAGGACACACAUCGCACAGCGGAGACAACAGCAGCGAACAAGGCGACGGCCUGGACAACAGCGUGGCGUCGCCGAGCACGGGCGACGAGGACGACCCGGACAAGGAGAAGAAACGCAACAAGAAGAGAGGGAUCUUCCCCAAGGUGGCGACCAACAUCAUGAGGGCGUGGCUCUUCCAGCACCUCACACACCCCUACCCGUCAGAGGAGCAGAAGAAGCAGCUGGCGCAGGACACCGGCCUCACCAUCCUGCAAGUGAACAACUGGUUCAUAAACGCGAGGAGGAGAAUAGUCCAGCCGAUGAUCGACCAGUCGAACCGAGCAGUAAGUCAAGGAGCUCCCUACAACCCAGAUGGCCAGCCGAUGGGGGGCUUCGUCAUGGACGGCCAGCAGCACAUGGGAAUCAGACCACCUGGACCAAUGGGUGGGAUGGGGAUGAACAUGGGCAUGGAAGGUCAGUGGCACUACAUGUAGCCCCGCCCACAUCCGACCAAUCGCAACACACAGGAGGACACCUGCAGGGCCAACCGGGGGAUGGCGUGUCUCACAGAGGCCUUCACGGAGCAUGGGAACGGGAGCUUC